CACUUCUAACCAUAGCCCAAUCUCUCUCUCUCUCUUCUCUCUCUCUCUAAAUCCACAGCUAGAGCAAAGAGAAGAGAUAAUGGAGAUGGCUAUCGGCUCACACCCAACUUGCAAACUCACCCCUACUAAAUCUCUCCUCUCUUCGUCAAGAAUCAUCGAACCCUCUAAAUUGAACCCCAUUUACAGCUCUUCGUGGCAGAAACGCCAGUUUCAUGGCAGAGCUUUAUCCAUUAAGACGAAAUCUAUUAAUUCAAGAACCCCUCUUCGUAAUUCCGUCAAGUGCUCUGUUACUGAAGCUACGGACAGUACCACCGAAAUAAAACCCCAGUUGGUAAGAAGAGACGGGAUACGGAAUAUAGCAAUUGUUGCACACGUUGACCACGGGAAGACCACUCUGGUCGAUGCUAUGUUGAGACAAGCUAAGGUUUUUCGGGACAAUCAGUUCAUGCAGGAGAGAAUAAUGGAUUCGAACGAUAUAGAGCGUGAAAGGGGAAUAACAAUUCUCAGCAAAAACACGUCGAUUCAAUAUAAUGAUACGAAGAUUAAUAUAAUCGACACUCCAGGUCACUCCGACUUUGGAGGUGAAGUGGAGCGCAUUCUCAACAUGGUCGAAGGAAUUCUUUUAGUGGUAGAUUCUGUGGAGGGUCCAAUGCCACAGACGAGAUUUGUUUUGAAGAAGGCUCUUGAAUUUGGGCAUGCAGUUAUUGUCGUUGUCAACAAAAUCGAUAGGAGUUCUGCUCGGCCGGAUUUUGUCGUUAAUUCAACUUUCGAAUUGUUUAUCGAACUAAAUGCAAAUGAUGAACAGUGCGAUUUCCAAGUUAUAUACGCGAGUGGCAUCAAAGGAACAGCUGGACUUUCACCUGAAAAAUUGGCCGAUGAUCUUGGACCACUUUUCGAGACCAUCGUUAGAUGCAUACCGGGCCCACAAAUUGCUAAAGAUGGUGUUCUUCAAAUGCUUGCUACUAGCAUUGAAUAUGACGAGCAUAAAGGGCGUAUUGCUAUUGGACGUUUGCAUGCAGGUGCAUUGCGCAGGGGAAUGGAUGUGCGGAUUUGUUCGUCAGAAAACGAGUGCAGAUUUGGUAAAGUGAGUGAACUUUUCGUGUACGAGAAGUUCAAUAGAGUUCCUGUAGACACAGUAGAAGCUGGCGACAUUUGUGCUGUUUGUGGAUUCGAUGAUAUUCAGAUUGGAGAAACAAUUGCCGAUAGAGCUUUUGGAAUGCCGCUACCCUCGAUUAAGGUGGAAGAACCCACAGUGAGAAUGGCUUUCUCAAUCAACACUUCGCCUUUUGUGGGCCGUGAGGGAAAGUAUGUGACUGGAAGAAAUCUGAGAGAUCGAUUGUUCCGUGAGCUUGAGAGAAAUUUGGCAAUGAAAGUCGAAGAUGGUGAAACUUCGGACACACUCAUUGUUAGUGGGCGUGGUACUCUGCAUAUCACUAUAUUAAUCGAGAACAUGCGUAGAGAAGGAUACGAGUUCAUGGUGGGCCCACCCAAGGUUAUCAAUAAAAAAGUGAAUGACAAGUUGUUGGAACCUUAUGAGAUUGCUAUUGUGGAGGUACCGGAAGAAUACAUGGGCCCCGUAGUGGAACUUCUCGGUAGAAGGCGCGGACAGAUGAUUGAUAUGCAAGGAACUGGAGCGGAAGGCCAAACUAUGAUGAAAUACAAGAUACCAACAAGAGGCCUCCUCGGAUUGCGAAAUUCGAUUCUCACCGUUUCUCGAGGCACAGCACUUCUCAAUACAAUAUUUGAUGAGUAUGGUCCGUGGGCUGGUGAUAUUAAUACCCGUGAUUUGGGCUCACUGGUUGCUUUUGAGGGUGGAACGAGUACGUCUUAUGCUCUAGCAAGUUCGCAAGACAGAGGGCAGAUGUUUAUUCGCCCCGGUGUUGACGUGUACAAAGGUCAAAUAGUGGGCAUUCAUCAACGCCCGGGCGACUUAGCGUUAAACGUGUGCAAGAAAAAAGCCGCCACAAAUGUCCGUUCGAAUAAAGAAGUAUCAGUGGUUUUGGAUACACCUGUGGAGUUCAGUCUCGAUGACUGCAUAGAGUACAUUCAAGAAGACGAGCUCGUUGAAGUUACUCCCGCUAGCAUACGCAUGUGCAAGAACCCUAAGAUGCUCAAGAAAUUCCGUGGAAAUUAAUUGAUUUUAUUUUGUUAUUAUUUUUAUACGAGCAAUGAGAGAUUUGCUAACACGACCCUUCGUUGAAUUUGGGCGUGGUAACAAGCGAAUGAGAGUUCGCCAGCUGUCGAUGGCUGUAGCGUUUGAUGCUUUCGACACUUUGUAAAGGUCUUUUACGAAGAGAUGGGGAGAUUUUUGAACCUUGAAUAUGUGAGGUGGUGGUUAAUACUUGAUAGCAGUGUAGAACUGUUGAUAUAAUUAUAUUGGGAUAUUUAUUAUUUUUGUCAAAAAAUAUUGAUCUUUUUUGUCUGAGGA